CGUACAUGUUACAUACAUAAAUAUGCAUAAGCACAUGUAUAUCUAAAAAGGCGUACAUAUCUUGGAGAAGCAUGCUUUGAUCUUCUCAGAGGUGUUGCACUUGUACGUAGGUAAUAAAUAGCAAUAGAGAUUAUGAGCGUUCCCUCGAGGUGGAUGCUUUAAAUACCCACAUGUCUGGGUAUAAAACUGUAUGGCGGUGGCCUAAACGUGUCAGAAACGCACACACAGCAGGCGUGACACAUGCAACGCAUAUCAAGAAUGAUGAAGUGCAUGAUAAUCUCGAGGGUGCAGGUGUUGUGCGGGGAGACGGUGGUGUGGAGAUCACUGCACCCGUCCCCAGGUUAGCGCUAAGGAAUCACACAAAAGAUGGAGACACUGUAUAUGUGAACGGACAGUACCAGAAAUCUUGGAGAUGGUCUAAAGCAAGAAGCACAGCACACACAUCUGAGAACACAGCUGUACCAGUAGAACAUGUUAAGACUGGUGUCACAUCAGAACGCCUUGUCACGUCACUAGAUGAUGUGGAUACUAGUGUCGCAUCUGAGGGGGUCGAUGGUAUAGGGCCGUGUGUAGAGCCUUCUGGAUUUGUAGCUGAAACCGUGCCUAUGUAUGAAGGAACCGCAUCUCUAUCAUACAUCGCUUUGAAUGACGGUGACAUGCAUGUGGAUACGGUUACUUCUGCAUCAGAGACCACAUCACACAGUGUCGACGAUCCUGAGCAAGUAGCGGAAGAAUACAGGCUACAAACAACCGCAGGAAGUGAUAUACUCCCCACACAAGGAGAACCCGCACAUGAAAGUGGUGUCACAGUCGUUGUUACACAUACACAUACAGUCGGGGCUAAGCCACAGACUGCCACAGAAAGCAAUGCAGUCUCCUCACGCCGGCAGAUCGCACACGAAAGUGAAAGUGAAAUUGAAAGCCUUGAAUCAGUCACGCAAGGUACAAUCUGGGCUAACCCACAAGCUACUGCAGGGUGUGCUAUAGUCACCAGUCACCAACA